ACCGAGAGAGAGAGAGAGAGAGAGAGAGAGAUAGAGAGUAAAGAAAAGGCGUUUCCAUCAACGAACCGGCAAAACUGUGUAUCCAGACAACCGGACGGACGGAUAGAACUUGCCUGGAACAAAAACAAAGCACUUAUCCACACUAGCCAAUAGAAUUUCGCCAUAACAAUUGCUUUUGUAAUCGCUUUUAUAUGUUUAUAAAAUAAAAUCCAUCACUAGACGGCGUCCCAGAGCUGACAACAUCCUAAACCAACUAGCCUACAUUCUGGAUAGAGGAGCUGACUGAAGAAGCCGAUUUUGCAGCGAGAUUGUCCGUCAAUCGAAUACAAAAUCACAUUUUGAUAACUGGUAGAGAAGUGAACACUAUCUCACCCACAGAACAGGGCAUCUCUCUUCGCGGACUCAUAGCCUACACAAAACCCGGGACCAUGUCGGAGUACAGUUCUUUGCUCAGUGACCUGUCUGAGAACAUCACCAACGAGGACUUGGACCAACUCAAGUCAGCCUGCAAGGAGGACAUCACAGAAGACCAGAGCAACACAAUCACCUCCUCCAAGGAGUGGUUCAACUACCUGGAGAAAAACGAAAAGCUGGCACAGGAUAACCUGUCGUACAUCGAGCACAUCUUUGAGAUAUCACGACGACCAGACCUGCUGACCCGGGUCAUUGAGUAUCGCACCACCGUACUCAAGAUCUCUGAGGACGACGAGAUCGACACCAAGCUCACACGCAUCCCCUCCGCCAAGAAAUACAAAGAUAUCAUUCGCCAACCCUCUGAAGACGAGAUCAUCAAGUUGGCUCCUCCCCCUAAAAAAGUGUGAGGUCAUCACCCCUGACCUUUGCACUUUGACCUCUGGCACUCCAACCAUCUCGACCCCCCCUUCGCCCCCGCCUCACCCCCGUUCCACUAGCAGACACCACAUGACACAGAGACUAGCAGCCCCUCUCCAAUUAACCAAUCAGAUCGCCACGAUGCUUCGCUGCCACGUCUGCCGCGAUCGCCUCUUCCCUGACUGAAGAGAGGAAGAGCUCAAGAUGAGAGAAAGAUGGAGAGAACAAAAAAGAGAAAGAAAGAAAGAAAGACAGAGCCAAAGCUAAAAUCCUAUCCCUCUUUGUUAAAAGAUGUGUGGGUUAGUUUGUGUACCUGUAACACUGUUUUGAGAAAACUGUGCAACCAUAUUAUUCAAUCAAUCUUGCAGUGCACUUGAAUUGCUAUAUCACUAUAUCGCAAAUCCUAACUUCAGUCCAAUGUUCACUUAGUCAUGCAUUGGGAUACUACGUGCAAAUGUGACUUAAGUGUAAGUUAGAAUUCCACUUAAUUUAGCAUUAUGCAUUGCUUUAUCAGUUGAGCAAGAAGACACCUAUAAUAAAGGGUGUCAUAUUCCCUUUAUUCAAAACUCGGAUGACAUCAGUUCAUUGGAUAUUAAAAAGUAUUUUGUUAGAUAGUCGUAGAAAAAGCCAAUAUUUGCCUUUAGACCAGCCAUAGCAUGGAAUUAUCGAAGAAGAAAAUUUUAUGAUAUUAAGUUUAUGUAUUCGGUAAUUCAACAUUAGUCAAAUGUUAUCGCUUAAACAGUCACACUUAUUUACCCUCAUUGUGAUUUUACACAGAGAUUCAAUGCUCCUUUACUGUGAAAUCGUAUUAAUAAAAGACACCUUAUUGUGAAAGCGUAUUAUAAAAACGUAUACAAAAUGAUUAUAUUGAUCAACUUAAAACACCUUAUGAAGCAGUAUACGAACCAUAUGAUAUGAAAAAAAGUCAACAAAAUAUUUUAUAUCCUUAUAAAAUAUAUUUUAAAAAACAUUUUAUAUAGUUAAUAUAGUGAUUCGUGUGGUGUUGAUCGGUAUAAUAUUUUUGUAUAUGUUUUAUCAUACGCUUUUACAAUAAGGUGUACCUAUAAACGUAAUUAUUUUACUCGAUAACAACGGCAACAAAAAUGUUUAAUGGGCAGUUACUUCGCUUUAGUAGCAGGGCUCUACACGAUUUUCUCCAGUGCCAAGAAAGACACUUGAGAUGGUAGCCUAUGAUUAAAAAAGUAACCUAUUUCAUCUAACAUAUCAAGGACAUGCAGGAUGGAUAUUUUGAUGUGCAACCUGUCAAAACAGGAUCCAGAAUUAUCAGAGAUUAUUGGCUCUUCGGAGAAUUUGCCCGACAUCUUUGUGCAUAUUAGCGUAUAAGCUAUUAUUCACCACCUGAGGAAGUGGGAACUCAAAACAUUUAGCCAUGGAGGCUAAUCGAUUAAUCAGUAAAUGCAGGCUAAUGUUCUAGACUAGGCUACUUGCUAUAGGCCUUUUCACUGCAAGUGGCGCACUCGGCUCCGCUACGCAGGCGCAUCAAAACCAUACUAACUACAGCCUACUCCGGUUGUAAAGUAGGGCCGCGAACUCAAUAUUAAGAGGUACAUGAUAUACUCACAGAAAGCUGUGACUCUCCUCUCUGUAACUAAAAUAACAGUGGUUGCUUGUUUUUCUCGCAAUAGCCUUUUGAACAACAGUCAUAUGCUUGUGCUUCUCAGAAUGCAUUUCCUCUGUGCGCAAACAGUGGGGAGAUGGAGUGAGAGUCAGCAGCCGACAACGAAACAGGGACAGGCAAAUACUUUCAUAAGUAGGAAUCAAUAUAAUGUAUAGGCUAUUACAAUUGACACAAUAAUGGUUUUUAGAACAAUCUACAUGAACGUUGUGUAGCAAAAUCACAGAAAAUUACCUGCGUAAGUAAAAUGCUUCGGUAAGAGGAAGGAAAUGUCGGUGUGGGUAAUUUUCGGUUUAUCGUCCCAUCUUCAAAAUAUAUAAACAUUUGUCUUUCUGCUCAGACAAUGCCACUUGAAUUCCAGCCGAAUAGUUUUUCAGUACGUAAAACAACUGACCAAUCAUAGAGCAGGGAAGACUACUGCUUCUGAAAGGAAAUGUAAGGAAAGAACAAAAUGGUAGAAAGAAAAAAACAGGCUUAAUAUCAUGAAAACAAAGUACAAUAUAUAAAUCAAUGAUAUACGUCAAUUGUUCAUAAUCUCGUUUGUGAAACGCCCAAGUACUGCAUGAGUCAUCAAUAAACACACAACAGUCAACGACACUCUGAAUAAUCUCAUCCCUAAUCCCUAACGCAUUUUGAGCUGUCUCAGCCAUUGUACAUCAAAAAAAAAAACAAGACUGUUGAUUCAAAUGAAAUAAUUACUCAUUUACGUAUAUUACACUGUGUUUCAUCCCUACGAAGAAGCCUUAGCAGAAUUGGUGUAUGUGACAACUAAUGUGAAAAUGUAUGUGUGCAAGUGUGGUUGCACCCGCACACCAGUGGAGGCUGCUGAGGGGAGGACGGCUCAUAAUAAUGGCUGGAACGGAGCGAAUGGAAUGGCAUCAAA